GAAUCAGUCCAGUUUCUAUUAGUUGGGCGAGCUGAGGAGCAGGAAGAACGGAGGAAUCUUUCACCAAACGAUGUAACUGUGGAAACCGAUCGUUCACUGGUCCGUUAAGGCAGCUGCGGAAUGAUAUGAGUUCCAGGCGGACGCGCCAAAUCGUGACGAUUUUAUUGUCUGCGGUGCUGGAAUCUAACCAGGCUGCAUUUACAAGGAUGCAUCAGAUGAUAACUGCGCAGGGAUGCCCCCGCUGAACAUGGACAAACAGGGCGUCUAUUGCGAUGAGGAAGGCUUCUUCGUUUUUGUUUUGAACACGGGCCAUCCACAGAAUCAUUGCAACGCUCGCUAUGGACAACUUGAACGCUCCUCUCAUCCGCUGUUCUUAUGAAGAACAUUGCGCAGUGCAGUGAAACGGGGAUAUCGUGUUGUGGAUUUCUAAUUGGCGGUGAAUAUAUUUCCUGUUAAGCUUGUAUCAACCCGGUAUCAUUUCCCAGUAUAGGCUGCAUACAUCCUGCAGAGCGUCUUGGUGCACAGUCAAUGUAAGGCGCGUUGUCCAGUGGUGAGAGCCACUCUCCUAACGUACAGAUGAGAGGCAAACAAUAUCAUCAACCACUGAAGUUGACAGCGCCUUGGGAGAAGGAUGCUGGCUUUGGGAGGAAGCUUAAAACCUACAGGAAUCAUACCAAGAUAAUAGCACAGCCUGGUAUCGUGAUGAAAGUCCUCCGCAGGAAGAGGAUUGUGUUGUUUAUGGCCUAUUUUUUACUGCUGGUCCUCACUAUGCUUAACUUGGCUAACUAUAAAUGGACUAAAGAGCCACAGCAGUGUAACCAUCAGAUGAGGAGCACCACUUAUCAGGGCAGAUCUGACAUUCGCUUCCUGUACAGGCCCUCUCUGGCUAAAAAAAGACAGCUUAUCUAUGUUCUGACCACCUGGAGGUCUGGCUCGUCCUUUUUCGGGGAGCUUUUUAACCAAAAUCCUGAAGUGUUCUUCUUGUAUGAGCCAAUGUGGCACAUCUGGCAGAAAUUGUACCCGGGUGAUGCAGUGUCUUUACAAGGGGCAGCCAGGGACAUGCUUAGCUCCUUGUACCGCUGUGAUCUGUCUGUUUUCCAACUUUACAACAGCCCCGGGGGAAAGAAUUUUACCUCCCUGGGACUGUUUGGGGCCACCCUCAACAAAGUGGUGUGCUCUUAUCCUCUCUGCUCAGCCUACAGGAAAGACGUGGUGGGGAUGGUGGAUGAUAAGGUGUGUAAAAAGUGCCCCCCUCAAAGCCUUAGACUGUUGGAGGAGGAGUGCCUCAAAUAUAACACUAUAGUUAUUAAAGGGGUACGCAUUUUGGACAUUAACGUGUUGGCCCCACUCAUGGAGGAUCCGUCCUUGGAUUUGAAGGUGAUACACCUGGUCAGAGACCCACGGGCAGUUGCCAACUCCAGGAUCAAAUCCAGACAUGGUCUGAUAAGGGAGAAUUUACAGGUGGUCCGCAGCAGGGACCCUAAACUUCGCCGGAUACCUUUUGUGGAUCCAGGUCACAAAGCCAACAAGAAGGAUGGCUCAGACUACCACUCCAUAGGAGCCAUGGAGGUGAUCUGUGACCGCACGUCCAGGACUUUGAGGACUGCCUUGAAUCCACCCAGAUGGCUGAAGGGGAAGUACAUGGCCGUGCGGUACGAGGACCUGGUCGAGAACCCAGUGAAGACCUUGCGGAACGUGUACCACUUUGCCAACCUCACAACCAACCAUGACAUUGAGUCAUUUGCGCUGAACAUGACCAGCGGCUCCAGCUCAUCCUCUAAGCCAUUCAUAGUCUCGUCCAGGAAUGCCACACAAGCUGCUAGUGCAUGGAGAACAGUCCUCAGCAUUCAACAGAUCAAACAAGUGGAGGACUACUGCCACCAUUCCAUGUCUGUUUUAGGGUAUGAAAGAGUCAGAACAGCCGGGGAGGCCAAGGACUUGAGCAAAUCACUAAUGACACACUCCAAACUGUGAAAAUGUUGUCACCACCAAAGACGUUUUAAUUUAAUGUUCUUUUUGCAUUGAGUGCCGUUUCCUCUUAUUGUGGAAUUAUAGCUUUACUUUAAAUAGAUGUUCAAGGAGCUUCACUGGCCACAUUUGGAAUGUAACAUGUUUCUCUCAGUUGAAUUGCAGUGAUAUUUCAAGGGAUGACUUGUUUUAUACUGGGAUGUUGACAAUGCAAGGCCUACGAGCAUUGACUGAAUUAGUGAAGCUGUAACAACAACAAAAAAAAACAACUGUAUAAUUCCUGUAUCUUGUUAUGAUGACACUUCAAAGUUGACGUUUUGGGGUUAUUUUUGAAUGUUCAGAAUCUUAACUAAAACUGUUUUUUUGAGUCUCCAUACUGUCUGUAAUUGUGAAAAUAGAGAAUUGAAAGAAAAACAAAGAACUGAUUUAAAAAAAAAAAAACAACAACCUCAUUGCUAAUGUUUAUUUGUAAGAUCUGGUCAGUCAGAGACAAUCAAUACAUUGGUUUGUUGAUGUGCCAUAGAUGAGUAAGCUACAUCUGAACAGCAGUAGUUCAGAUAUUAUUUGAGCUAUUUCUAGAUUGUUUUAUCACCAAAUAAUUUUAGGAUUAUAUCAUACACUGUGGACAAUGUCAUGGCUCUGGAGCUGGAGAGUCUCUGUGUAGGUGUAAGCAGUCUGUUCUACCAUUUCAAAUGUUAACAAUUGCUUGCUCUUAUGAAAACACAUGAUCUGGGAAUAUUGCAUUGAGUAAAGUUCACAGUUAACAAGGCAGUGUACACAUCUGUGUUGAACAACCCGCACUGCUGUACAAAAAAAAUCAUGAUCGACAACAUGCGCACUGGACCAGUGGUUCUCAAAACCUGGUGCAUGAGGCAAGGUUCGCUUAAAAAUAAAAUAAAAUCCACUAAAUUAAAUCAAUAUGAUAAUAACAAAACUACCAUGCUAUUACUAUGUAUUUUGAAUUACAUAUAGUUUUAGUAAUACUUUUGUUCUUUGUAUUUAUGAGAUGUUUCAUGGCAUACCUUAGUUAAGUGCAUUAUGCACCACUGUGCCUUCCCUCAUUAUUUGAGAACCAUUGUGCUGGAAUAAUGUAACAUAUGUGUUGCUCUUUGCUACAUAAAUUAAAGCUGCCCUGUGGAGUU